AUGACUCGCGCCACUUCCUGGCUAUCGCUGCUAUUGCCUUGGUCGAUACCUCUGCUGAGGCCGGCAGUGGUAGAGGCAUCAGAGCUCAAAUGGGAUAUGGACCAGGUGCCAAUCAAGGGCAAAUUCGACGAGACUGCUUGCCCAGACUAUGCAUCCUAUGCCACUUAUCCCCACCGGCCCUAUAGCGAAGGUCCUCUCUCCCUCCCUUUCCAGCGCCCUCAUGUCAGGUGCCGGACCUUUCAGUCUGACGCCAUCGAGAAGGUUAUCAAGGAUGUCACAUCCCGCAUGAAGAACCCUGACCUUGCACGUCUUUUCGAAAACACUUUUCCAUCUACUACGGAUACCACCGUCAAAUUCCAUACCAAUGGCAGGGACGGUAAGGAAAAGAGGAAGACGACGACGGUGACUGACAGCCCUGUCGACGAUGAUCCAUGGACUGGUACGUACGAGGACCCAGGCAAGUGGGAAGGGCCGCAGUCAUUCAUCAUCACGGGCGACAUUCUGGCCGAGUGGCUACGUGACAGCACCAACCAGCUGAAGCCGUAUCAGAAGCUGGCUUCCAAGGAUAAGGCCAUCUUCGACCUCAUCCUCGGCGCCAUCAACACCCAAAGCGAGUACGUGAUCGAGUCGCCCUAUUGCAAUGCCUUCCAGCCACCGCCCCAUUCCGGGCUGCCUGUCACCUUGAACGGCCAAGACGACACCGUUCACCCGGCCUUUGACCCUUCCUCCGUCUUCGAGUGCAAGUACGAGCUAGAUUCGCUCGCGCACUUUCUCGCGCUGGCCAACGCCUUUUACGCCCACACCAAGAGCACCGCCUUCCUCAAUGCGCGGUGGUACAAGGCGCUGGACUCGGUGUUUGACGUUCUCGAGGCGCAAAGCAAGAGCACGUUUGACACGGAGACGGGCUCGUACCGGCGCAACCAGUACACAUUUCAGCGACGCACCGACACGGGCACCGAGACACUGAAUCUUGGCGGAAUCGGCAACCCGCUGAACAACGGAACGGGGCUGAUCCGCUCGGCGUUCCGGCCCAGCGACGAUGCCACCAUCUUCGGCUUCUUCAUCCCUGCCAAUGCGCAGAUGGCUACGGAGCUCAAGCGGACUGCGGCUCUGUUGAGGACGACGGGGAAUAAAAAGGAUGUGACACGGGCAGAGACAGCGGAAGCAUGGAGUAAGACGAUCACGGAGGGUAUCUGGGAACACGGCGUGGUCCACCAUCGCAAGUACGGCGACGUGUUUGCGUAUGAGGUUGACGGCUACGGUAGCGCCUUGAUGAUGGACGAUGCCAACUAUCCUAGCUUACUGGCGCUGCCGCUGAUGGGCUAUGUCUCGGUAGGCGACACGACAUAUCAGAACACGCGCAAGAUGCUGCUGGAGAAGAACGGCAAUCCGUACUACCUGGAGAGAAGAGAGUUUAUGGGCAUCGGAGGCCCACAUAUCGGCCUGCAGAAUGCAUGGCCCAUGAGCCUUUUGGUGCAGGCACAGACAUCAGAUGAUGACGAUGAAAUCAUGAAGUGCUUGAACCUGGUUUUGAACACGAGCAAGCUUGGGUUGAUUCAUGAGAGCAUUGAUGUGAACUGGUCGCAUUCUUAUACGCGUAAGAACUCUUCCAGCCCAGGACAGGAUGGUCGGGAGACGUGA